AUGGAAAAGGUGGACACCACAAAGCGUCUAUCGCGGCUGCGCGAUCUGAUGCGGGAGCAUAAACUCGACGUCUACAUUGUACCCUCGGAGGACAGUCACCAGUCAGAAUACAUUGCACCUUGCGAUGCGAGGAGAGCCUAUAUCUCUGGCUUCACUGGCUCCGCUGGCACGGCUGUCAUUACGCUCGAUAAGGCAGCUCUAUCGACCGAUGGCCGCUACUUCAAUCAAGCCUCUAAGCAGCUGGAUGACAACUGGUUGUUGCUGAAACAGGGCAUGGAAGAUGUCCCUACGUGGCAGGAAUGGACUACAGAGCAGGCAGAGGGCGGCAAAACUGUCGGCGUCGAUCCCACCGUGAUUACAGCCACCAAUGCUCGCAAACUCAGUGAAACGCUGAAAAAGAAGUCACAUGCAACACUGGUUGGAGUUUCGGAGAACCUGGUUGAUAAGAUCUGGGAUGACCGGCCACCAAGGCCGGCAGAGAAGGUUAUUGUCCUCUCUGACAAGUAUGCCGGAAAACCCUAUCAACAGAAACUUGAUGACCUUCGCAAAGAGUUGAAGAAGAAGAAGGCUGUGGGGAUGGUUGUAUCGAUGCUUGACGAGGUCGCCUGGCUUUUCAACCUCCGUGGCAGUGACAUUCCGUACAACCCUGUGUUCUACUCCUACGCAGCGGUCACUCCAAACUCGGCUACGCUGUAUAUCGACUCGGCCAAGAUAGGGACGGAAGUGAGAGAACACCUCGAAGGCACAGUCGAAAUCAAACCUUAUAAUGACCUCUUUGGUGAUCUUACGAGCAUCGCCGAAACAGCAGCAAAUGAGGUUCAAGCUAAUGGAGUCGCUAACGGAGUCGCUAAAUCCCAUUCUAAUAGACUUUUGCUGUCGAGCACAUCGUCCUGGGCGCUCUACCUUGGUCUGGGUGGCGAAGACAAAGUCGAAGAGUCUCGAAGCCCUAUCGCCGAUGCGAAGGCUAUCAAGAACCCCACCGAACUCGAGGGAAUGCGACAAUGUCACAUCCGCGACGGUGCGGCGCUGAUUGAAUAUUUUGCCUGGCUGGAAGAAGAGCUACACAGUGGAUCAUGGAUCGAUGAAGUCCAGGCAGCAGAAAAACUCGAGGCAAUCAGAUCAAGGGGUGAGCAUUUUGUCGGGUUGUCCUUUGACACUAUUUCAGCUACAGGGCCAAACGCCGCCGUGAUUCACUACUCGCCCGAGAGGGGAAAUUGUUCUCAAAUCGAUGCAAAUGCCGUCUAUCUGUGUGAUUCCGGGGCUCAGUAUCUCGACGGGACCACCGACACUACGAGGACGUUACAUUUCGGGACCCCCAAAGACAUGGAGAUCAAGGCGUAUACCUUGGUGCUCAAAGGGGUCAUCGCUCUGGACCGCGCGGUCUUUCCCAAAGGCACAACAGGAUUCGCCAUCGACGCAUUCGCUCGCCAGCAUCUCUGGCGCGAGGGACUCGACUACCGCCACGGCACUGGUCACGGUGUUGGUUCCUACCUCAACGUCCACGAAGGGCCCAUCGGCAUCGGCACCCGCGCCGCGUACACGGAGGUCUCUCUGAGCAUCGGCAACGUCAUCUCCGACGAACCUGGCUACUAUGAAGAUGGCAACUUCGGGAUCCGGAUCGAGAACAUGAUCAUGGCUCGCGAGGCCAAGACGAAUCACAAGUUUGGAGAUAAGCCUUGGAUUGGGUUCGAGCAUGUGACUAUGGUGCCCAUGUGUCGGAAGUUGAUCGAUCCCUGUCUUCUGGACCCCGAGGAGAAGGUGUGGCUGAAUGAGUACCAUCAGGAAGUGUGGGAGAAGACCAGUGGGUUUUUCGAGAAGGACGAGAGAACCACACGGUGGUUGAAGAGGGAGACUGCUCCGUUCUGA